UUAUCAAACAAAAAAUGCAGAACAUCUUUAAUGGCAAUUAGGCUCUUAUAGUAUAUUCUCUUCUUUAAGGCCUACCUUCUGGAGUAGGAUUAUGCUUGCUCUUUGGUAAGUCGGGGAUUUCUUGUGCAGAAUAUUUCAAUUUGGUGUAAACAAUGUGCACAUUGUUGGCGGAGCAGUGAUACGAAGUUGAUUUCAACCUCAAAUUAGGGUUUGCUGAUGGAUCUGGUGAAAGACUUUACGGAGACUGGAAGACUCGAUUUAAAAGAGUUCUUCAAGUCGCUUCCGAAAUGCUCCGAUCCUAGUUUUCCCCUUCAAAAAGCUUCUUCACCUGAUGCCAAUCUUCAGAAUUGGACACCAGCAGAAGCAGUCAAUAUCACUGAGUUAGAACACAGCUUCUUCAAAUCAAUACUUGAAGAUGACAAACCUCUUUUCUUAGAUACCGCAAAGCUAUUCGUCACCGAAAGAGGUUCUACCAUAGACCGAAGCGUGGCGUCAAAGCUUCUUCACUCAUGCUGCGCAUAUGACUCAAUCGACUGCACCACAUCACUCAUCAAUGGCGAGCUAGGAGCUGUACCAUUGGUGAACGAGGUGGACCCAUCGGCAGGGCUGUCGCCGCUGCACGUGGCAGCUGAGGCGCACGCGGUACGGUGCGUAGAGCUGCUGUUGAAGAAGCGCGCGCGUACAGACCUUAGGACCAGAGACGGUCGCGGCCUGCUUCCUCUGGAGCUGUCACUCUCUGGUAGGAGAAUGGAUGUGAGUUGGAAUCCGGAUGACUACUCAGUAAAACACUUGGUGGAUCUGCUUCGCAAAAAGGAUUUGACCGCGGUAAAGCUUCUAACAGAAAAAAGAAAGGAGGUCGACGAGGUGGCAUACGCAAACGCCAUUGAUGGGCGAAUAGUCCCAUUAGCUGCUUUACUCAUAGUAGCAGCAGAGAAGGUUAUCGACGCGGAUAUAGAGUUGCAAGACGCCGAUUUGGGUCCCAAACAGAAGACGACAAUAUAUGAAUGCGUGAUUAAGGAAGCGUUAUCAUUGGGCCGAGCAACAACGACGUCGUCAGGAGCCGCCAUACGUACCUGCGCUCCUUCGAGAGACCAGUCUUCGGUGAAAAGAAAGCUUUUGCUUUGCGAGAUGGAGUUGCUGCAGAUCUUUGGUGCUGGAACUGCCGCUCAAACCGGUGUUACGGAGAAGAAGCUGAUGUCACCAUUAAUCCGGGGAACGCAGGAUGGAGAUGAAGCUGUCAUUGAGCUGCUCCUGGAGACAAACAUUAAUAUAAAUGAUACGGAUGCUGAAGGAAACUCUGCACUUCAUUGGUCUCUCAAGAUGUCAUGGGGAUCACUUACGGACCAGAUGAAAAUUAUAUGGCUUCUUCUGAAGCAUGGUGCUCGAGUGACACAAAGAAAUAAGUUGGGGUUAACGGCGUUUCACUUUGCUGCUGCUAAUGGUAAUUCACAGGCACUUCAGCUCCUUCUUCUGGAAAGCCCAGAUGGCAUCAACUCUAAGACAGAGAUGAAAGAGACUCCUCUGUUUUUUGCCGUUAAGAAUGACCACAUGGACUGUGCUGAGUUGCUUCUACAGAGGGGAGCAGACAGUGAAGUGUUCAAUUUGCGUAGACAGAGGCCCUUAGAAUUAGCAAAGUCACAAGAUAUGCGUUUCAUGCUAAAUCCAACAAAUAUUAGUUUCAUGAAGCGUGGUUCUCCCAUUCAACAGAAACAUCCUGAUUGGUUGCGUGCUGAUGAGGCUGUUUCAGACACAUUUGAUGCACUUUUCCCCACGACAGAUGAUGACACCGCCUUUGAAAGAAACUCUUCGAACAAGAAGACAGAGAUUUGCAAAUAUUUUGAAUCUCCAACAGGAUGCAUCAGAGGAUCAAAAUGCUUGUUUGCUCAUGGUCAGGAGGAGCUUCGGCAGAAGCAGGGAACUCAUACAGUUCAUUGUCCUUCCGUGCAAGAGCUUAAACGGAAAAUUUUUGUUGGAGGUCUUCCUUCGUCGUUGGACUCCGAUUCACUGGGAAAAUUUUUUGGAGAACAAUUUGGAUCCGUGGAAGAUGCCGUGGUAAUUGGAAAUCAGACAAGAGAUCAUAGACAGUCUCGAGGAUUUGGGUUUGUCACCUUCAAGCAUGAGAGAUCUGUCUCAGAUGCUGUUCAAGCACAUUAUGUGAGCAUUAUGGGCAAGAAAGUUGAGAUCAAGAGUGCAAUCCGGAAGUCGGUGCUGCUGAAUGAAUCCAAGAAACUGUCACUUCGACGAUACGGGCAAGAAGAGAGGAACAAGAAUCAACUGCAAGGACAGACAUGCAAUGAGGAUACAACAGAUAUGCCUGGUUGGUACACCAAAGAAGAGGCUAAAUCUGAGACCAUUUCCUGGGCUGAUAGGUUGCUUCAGGGGCAGCCAAACUCGUGUAGUUCUGAACUUAAAACACAAGGUUUUGUGCAUGAAAAUAUGCCAUCAUGGUUCAAAACUUUCAGGAAAUGGCUUCCCUCUAUGUUGGAGAAUGUAUCAAGGGAUGGAAAAGAAGAAGAAUAUCCCCUCUCAUCUUUGAAAGCUGAUUUCAAGGCCACGUUUGGCCUGGAGCUCAAUCAUGCCUCUCUUGGCUACCCAAAGCUUAGUGACUUCAUGAGAUAUAUUUCAGAUCUUUGUCAGAUGAAAGUGGUUCCCAUUGGUAGACGUGGACCUGCCACACACAUGGUACUCUUACCUAGCCUCCCUAAGCCUCCAUCACGACGGUGUGAGCCUCUGAAAUUGCUCUGUCCCUCUUAUGCUGCACCAGCUGAUGUCAGUGGAAAUGGUGAUUCUAAUGACUCCAAAUGCCCUCAGGACCUUCUGUUGGUGUCUGGUGAAAAUAUUAGCAGUUACAGUACCAGCAUUGAGAUUGGGAGCCCAUCCGAAGAAGUUCCUGAUGAGAACUACGCUCAGAAAAAGAAUUCUACUCUGAAGGAUACAGCCCAUAGUGCAUCCUCAAGGUUUCUACAGUUCUUAAAGCCAGAAUCACUCGGCAAUGCUCAAGAAUUAUCAUACAAUAAAAGAAAUGUGGUAAGUGGAGAUGAUGAUGACAGAGGAGGAAUUGAAGCGUCUAACGGAAGAAAAUGUGGAGAUUGGCAGAGGCAUUCAGUUCUUGAGACCCUUGCGAGAAAACAGAACAGCAAGUCUAAGUUUUUUCUUCGUGAAUAUGAUUUUUAUAAGCGUUAUAAAGCAAGCAUCUUCCGAGGGAAGUGCUUCUGUUGCGAGCAGUCCGAAUUAUUGUGGGCUAAUUUUCCCUGUCAACACCUAGUGUGGUGCAGUGAUUGCAAACUACAUGCUGAAAGAGCGGCCAGAGAUCUGGAUCACAGAUGUGUAGUAUGUGAUGUAGAAGUCCAGAAGAUUAUUUUGGACCCAUCAAAGGGAUAUUACCAGCACCAGCCUCUAUAUAAAGAUGUCCCAAAUGAUGAUGAGUUCCCACCUUUUAGUGCUACUGAUAUCCGAAUUUCAUUAAGGAAGAAAUCUCUUUGAAAUGGUGACUAAUAAGGUGGUCGCAGUUACAGUGUUGUGUGUGGAUAGAGAGAGGAAGAGUAAUAGAAGAGACUUUAGACAUAGGGCAUGGCAAUUGGAGUCUCCUUGCCCAUAAAACUUAAAACUCAUAGUUAUAAAAAAAUAUGUGAUCAUAGUUACUAGUGGUGAAAACAGAUGCCUGAUUGUAAGUAGGUUAGCCUCAUGUCCAGUUGUUUGGCUGAACUUCGAUGAAAGGAUUGUGUAUA